AUGGAUUCUGUGUCAUUUCCUGUACUCAUUGAUGGACUUGUUGCUUGUGUAGCCCAGUUAAUAAGAAUAGCUGAUGAGCUUUUACAAUUCAUUAUACAAGUACAAGAAGUUCCUUAUGUAGAAGAAAAUGGUAGAGCAGAAGAGACUGAAGCAGAUGCACCUCUUCCUGAGGAGCCUUCACUACCAGAUCUCCCUGAUCUCUCAGACUUAGACUCAAUACUUACACCAAGAGAGGAUGAAGACCUAAUAUUUGAUAUAGAUCAGGCUAUGUUAGACAUGGAUAACUUAUAUGAAGACACAGUCUCUGGUAUAAAUGAUGACUUAACAAGUGACUAA